GCCUAUCGGAAAUGGGGAUAAUUGCAGGCUGCAAUGCUCAACGACAACAGAUGAAAAGAAGGCAACACUAGCUAGCUAACUCCACACCAUCAUGUAUUUCUGUUAGCAUGUGGUGUUCGCCAGCCUUGCUGCAGUGGAGCAAAACUGAAUUAGCCACCCAUUCCUAUGGAGAUAGAAGAGACCUGGGCUCAUGAGGAUCGAUGGGCUUUCACUGAGUGGGAUAUCCACCAACGACCGCACCAGGUACCGAAGUACAGAUCACACCAGUACCAACACUGUGGAGACCACCAGGAGCAGGAGACACGGGGUACAGUGUUGAGCCUACUGGUAGACAGGAGCUGGAGACACAGUGUUGAGCCUACUGGGAGACAGGAGCUGGAGACACAGUGUCGAGCCUACUGGAAGACAGGAGCUGGAGACACAGUGCUGAGCCUACUGGAAAAAGGAGCUGGUGUCACGGGGUACAGUGUUGAGACUACUGGUAGACAGGAGCUGGAGACAAAGUGUUGAGCCUACUGGAAACAGACAGCCACCCCCGCCUCCUCCUCCUCUAAGAUAAGCCAUGAUCCCCAUCACUGAGCUGCGUUACUUUGUAGACUGCCAGCCGGCCUACCGCAUCCUGAAGCCAUGGUGGGAUGUCUUCACCGACUACAUCUCCAUCGUCAUGCUCAUGAUCGCCGUGUUCGGGGGCACUCUGCAGGUCACCCAGGACAAGAUGAUCUGCCUGCCCUGCAAGUGGGUGGUCAACCAUACCUGCAGGAGGUAUUUCAACGCUACUCUGUCGGCCCCGCUCUUGUUGGAGCCCAAAGGGAUCCAAUACAACCUGGAUCGCCACCAGUACAACUACGUAGACGCUGUAUGCUACGAGAACCGCCUGCACUGGUUUGCCAAGUACUUCCCCUACCUGGUGCUACUGCAUACCCUCAUCUUCCUGGCCUGCAGUAACUUCUGGUUCAAGUUCCCCCGGACUAGCUCCAAACUGGAGCACUUUGUGUCCAUCUUACUCAAGUGUUUUGACUCUCCCUGGACCACCAGGGCUCUGUCUGAGACGGUGGUGGAGGAGCGCGACCCCAAGCCCCACAAGAUGAACGGCUCCAUGGAUAAGAAGGCAUCGUGUGUCAGCGAAGACGUGGAGGCCAGCGUCCCCAUGCUCCAAAAGACAAAGUCUCGCCUGGAGCAGGGGAUCGUGGACCGCACUGAGACGGGCGUCCUGGAUAAGAAAGAGGGCGAACAGGCAAAAGCUCUGUUCGAAAAGGUGAAAAAGUUCCGCAUACACGUGGAAGAGGGAGACAUUGUGUACAGGCUCUACAUCCGACAGACUAUAAUCAAAGUCAUUAAGUUCAUUUUGAUUAUCUGCUAUACGGGGUAUUAUGUGCACAAUAUUCAGUUCAGUGUGGACUGUAGUGUGGAUAUAGAGAGUCUCACAGGGUACAGUAUGUAUCGUUGUGCCCAUCCUCUGGCCACUCUGUUUAAGAUCCUAGCCUGCGUCUACAUCAGCUUAGUGGGGGUUUACGGCUUAAUUUGCAUGUACACACUCUGUUGGAUGCUGCGGCGCUCGCUGAAGAAAUACUCCUUCGAGUCGAUACGAGAGGAGAGCAGUUACAGCGACAUACCGGACGUGAAGAACGACUUUGCUUUCAUGCUGCACAUGAUUGACCAGUACGACCCUCUGUACUCCAAACGCUUUGCUGUCUUCCUGUCCGAGGUGAGCGAGAACAAGCUGCGGCAGCUCAACCUGAACAACGAGUGGACUCUGGACAAACUGAGGCAGAGAAUCACCAAUAACUCCCAGGAGAAGUUGGAGCUGCACCUCUUCAUGCUGAGUGGCAUCCCAGACACAGUGUUUGACCUGAUGGAGCUGGAGGUGCUGAAGCUGGAGCUCAUUCCAGACAUUACCAUCCCUCCUAUCAUCGCCCAGCUGGUCAACCUGAAGGAGAUGUGGCUGUACCAUACCCCGGCUAAGAUCGAGGCUCCCGCCUUGGCCUUCCUCAGGGAGAACCUCAAGUCCCUCCACAUCAAGUUCACCGACAUCAAGGAGAUCCCUCUGUGGAUCUACAGCCUGAAGAACCUGAGCGAGUUGCACCUGACGGGGAACCUGAGCUCAGAGAACAACCGAUACAUUGUUAUUGAUGGGCUACGGGAGCUGAAGAGGCUCAAGGUGCUCCGGCUGAAGAGUAACUUGACCAAGCUACCUCAGGUGGUGACGGACGUGGGGGUGCACCUCCAGAAGCUGUCAGUCAACAACGAGGGCACCAAGCUGAUGGUCCUCAACAGCCUGAAGAAAAUGGUGAACCUGACUGAACUGGAGCUGAUCCGCUGUGACUUAGAGCGCAUCCCACACUCCAUCUUCAGCCUGCACAACUUGCAGGAGAUUGACCUCAAGGACAACAACCUGAAGACCAUCGAAGAGAUCAUCAGCUUCCAGCACCUGCACCGGCUGGUCUGCCUUAAGCUCUGGUACAACCAGAUCGCCUACAUUCCCAUCCAGAUCGGCACCCUCAACAACAUGGAGAGGCUCUAUCUGAACAGGAACAAGAUCGAUAAGAUCCCCAGUCAGCUGUUCUACUGUCGGAAGCUGCGCUUCCUAGACCUGAGCCACAACAACCUCACCUACAUCCCAGCAGACGUGGGGUACCUGCAGAACCUCCAGUACCUGGUAGUCACUGCUAACAGAAUUGAGGCCCUGCCCAACGAGCUGUUCCAGUGUAAGAAGCUCCGUACUCUGAACCUGGGUAACAACUGCCUGGCGUCUCUGCCGUCACGUUGCGGGGAGCUGACGGCCCUGACCCAGCUGGAGCUGAGGGGGAAUAGACUGGACUGUCUGCCCGUGGAGCUGGGGGAAUGCAGGCAGUUGAAGAAGACGGGCCUGGUGGUGGAGGAGGACCUCUUCAACACCCUGCCCACCGAGGUGAAGGAGCAGCUGUGGAAGGUGGACAAGGAGACUGCCUGAGUAGAUAUGGGAUUGGGGGAUGGUAACUUAGUCGAAACAGACACAGGCCGGACACCUGGAGGACUAGAGAGGACUACACAGACUCGGACAGCUCGCUAACAGAGCAGCCCCUGCUCACUCUGACUGUACUCUACUCUACUGCAGGGAUGCUUUUCAAGGGAAUCAAAGUCCCACCGCCAUGCCACUUUUUUUUCCAGACGUAAAAAAGAGAUCUGCCAUGGGAUACAGUGUGUGCGUUGAACAAGAUGAUGAGAGAUGUCAGCUCGAAUGUGUUGCACGUGAGGAUACAAAAUGCAAAUGCCAUAUUUCUGUAAGAGAAGGGACUCUGCAGGUGGGCAGUGUAAUUGUCAUUCAGGCAGGGUAUAUUAUCCUGUUACAUACAGUACAAUAGGCCCCCCUUGAUAGAUUCUAGUCCAUAGGGUGCUAAGUGGCAAUAGUUAGUUGCCCACUCUCAGUAUGUGCCAUGAGAGAUGGUGUAUAGCUACUGUCUGCAAUGACAGGAGGAAGAAGCUCCAUUAAAGGAGGAUUCUCCAA